UGCUGACAGGCGGCGGGGCGAACAGGCGCUUGAGGCCCCGGGCACGUCACGGCGGGGGCGACGGCAACGGCGGCGACUUCCCGGCUCCCUCCCGCGCUCGCGGCACGCACGCGCACUGCGCCCAGCAUGAGGGUCGCAGCUCUGAUCAGUGGUGGGAAGGACAGCUGUUACAAUAUGAUGCAGUGCGUUGCUGCUGGGCAUCAGAUUGUUGCUUUAGCAAAUCUAAGACCUGCGGAAAACCAAGUGGGGUCAGAUGAACUGGAUAGCUACAUGUAUCAGACAGUGGGUCAUCAUGCCAUUGAUUUGUAUGCAGAAGCAAUGGCUCUUCCCCUCUAUCGCCGUACCAUAAGGGGAAAGAGCAUGGAUACGGGACCAGUGUACACCAAAUGUGAAGGUGAUGAGGUUGAAGAUCUCUAUGAGCUUUUGAAACUUGUUAAGGAAAAAGAAGAAGUAGAGGGAAUAUCAGUAGGUGCUAUACUCUCUGACUAUCAGCGUGUUCGAGUAGAAAAUGUGUGUAAAAGGCUUAAUCUCCAGCCUUUAACUUACCUUUGGCAGAGAAACCAGGAAGAUUUGCUCCAAGAGAUGAUAUCAUCUAACAUUCAAGCAAUCAUCAUAAAAGUAGCAGCUCUAGGUGAUGACUGCAGCCAUGAAAUUAAAAGAUGCUUGCUUCUUGGAAGAAAAGGUAUGACAAACCUAGACAGCAUAUUGAAAAGCAGAGACAUUACUUUGCUAACAAAGGUUCAUCUAGUCAAAGCUAUGGUUUUUCCAGUAGUCAUAAAUGGAUGGGAGAGUUGGACCAUAAAGAAAGCUAGGACCUGAAGAAUUGAUGCUUUUGAACUAUGGCAUUGGAGAAGACUCUUGAGAGUCCUUGGACUGCAAGGAGAUCCAACCAGUCCAUCCUAAAGGAAAUCAGUUCUGAAUAUUCAUUGGAGAGACUGAUGCUGAAGCUAAAGCUCCAGUACUUUGGCCACCUGAUGGGAAGAACUGACUCGUUGGAAAAGACCCUGAAGCUGGGAAAGAUCAAAGACAGGAGGAGAAGGAGACGAUAGAGGAUGUGAUUGUUGGAUGGCAUCACUGACUCAAUGGACAUGAGUUUGAGCAAUCUUCAGGAGUUGGUGAUGGACAGGAAGGCCUGGUGUACUGCAGUCCAUGGGGUCGCAAAGAAUGGACACAACUCAGUGAACUGGACUGAAUGGACUUCAUUUAAGGAAAUUGGAACACUGCUCUUGAGGGAGAUGGACUUACUAGAGAUACAAUGAAUUGAUGUUACUGAUAACACUUCUCUGGAGUUAUGCAAAGUACAUUUAUGGAAAACCUGUGACGGCCAGGAAGAGCUGUGUUUGGUAUAAUAUGCUAAUUGAUAAUCUCAUGAGAUUUACAUAUUGUGUACAAACCAUUUUUGUAAACUAUACAAAUGUCACUAAUGUACCAUGGUAAUAACACGUGUUGUGGCUUGAUUACUAUUUCCUCUACUGUGCUAGAUGUUCUGUAUGGAUUUUUGAUCCUGUCUUUUCGGUUCUAUAUUGGACCAAAAUACAUAAUAUUCCUGAAAGCUCUUCAUGAUGAAAAGAACUUACUAGUCCAAAUAUAGACACUAGAGGGAGCUCUUUUCCAGGAGACUGACUACAUCUAGAAAUGGCCCUGGAGGGACAACAGAGCUCUAAAUAACUGGACUAAUAAUAGAGUAUUUACUUUCAUGGAACAUUGUGUCAGUCAACAGUAUUGGAAUAGGGCCUAAAUACUUACCCAGAGGAGACUAUGGGAUAUUCGAAUCAUUAUGGAAAUUGCUGUGUUUAAAGAUCAACAAUCAGGAGUAUCAGAAACCAAGCUAAGGAUGCCAGUUAGCAUACUGCCAUUAUCAUAGAUUAUGGUAAGACAUUACUGAACAUGUGACCCUUAUGCUUGUUUUCUAAUGGCCCAAGUACCACAGAUCUAAAUGAAAUUUGCCUUUUCAUGGUGCAUUGGUGGAGAUUGGACAGAUAAAGGAAUAACACUGUUGACCUGAAGAGAGCAUGUUGCACAAUGACAUCUGGAAACCAAUGGCUGCUAAAACCUAUACUGUGAUGUCUGGGAUACAGGUAAAUCCUCAAACAAGAUGGAAUCCACAGUUUAAUUGAACAGUAAUAUCUCUGGUCACACCACCCUAGUCACAGUGAAAGUGAAUGUAUGCGAAAGAAAGUUGAUUUUGAUGGACAAGAAAUGAAGAAUGGUGCUUUAAUUCUAAUUGACUCUUUAUGUCCUCCUGUGCCAGAGCAUAUGUGUGACAGAUAUAUGUAUGACAGAUAUAUGUAUGACAGAGCAUAUGUAUGACAGAGUAUGACAGUGAAGGACAUGGAGAGUUGUUCUGAUGGUCCUUGAUCUCUGCUUGAUUUACUGUGUUGUUUGUUUACUUCUGUUCUUUAAAUUAUCAGUAAAAAUUGGUGCUGAAUAA